UGAAAAACGUUCCGUUACAACCCAAUCGUUAAGAGACGUUUGAGUAAACGACGAGAAAGAAGACGAGAGAUAUUUUGUGUUUAUUUUCGAUUAGGAAAUUAUUCCAAGGAAAAAUGGAAGAAAAGUUCUCGGCCAUUCAAAGGUUUAAACAAUCAAAAGUCAAGAAAUGGGAAGUAUCGAUGUGGCAAUUGCGAGAAAGAAUACGUUUCGAAAAAUGGUUAAAACGUCAUCGAAGGAUUCACACUGGCCAAGGGCUCUUCACUUGUAAAUACAGUAAUCGUCGGUUCACCCAAUCCUGUCAUCUACUUGACCACGUCAAGACUCACACCGGAGAGAAGCCUUUCUCUUGCGACUAUUCCAAGCGAAGUUUUAUGCAAAAACCUAAUCUGAUAAGACAUCUUCGUGUUCACACCGGAGAAAAACCAUUCUCGUGUAAUCAUUGCUUACAAAAAUUUCGUUUUAAACGUUCUUUAAAGUAUCAUAUUAUUAAACAUCAUAAUAGUAAUGAAUAAUGACUUUUGUAGAAAUGAUUUUAGUACAUUUUUUCGAAAAAUAUGUAAUACUCGUAUUUUAGAUUUUAUUGAACAUGAAACAAGAAAUUUCUAAAGUUUUAUUUUUUUUCGUUUUGUAACUUGCGUUAUGUGCAUAAAACAAUUGAUUUUAUGUAUCGGAAAAAAGAAGGGUUUUAGAAUAAACACAAAUUUCAUUGAUUAGAAUGUAAUAUGGUUAUUUUUACUUGUUUAAGUACGGGUCAUUUAUUUAGGGCGAUAACAUUCAUUUGUGUUAUUUACGGACAAUUCGUUUAUUGUUAGAAGUGUAUUCAGAAACAAGACAAGUGGUCGUGUUUGCACGAAGAUCAAUUAUUGUCACUCGUUUUAUCUUCAGAUUCGAAAGAGAUUGGAAUAAGUGAAUUUUACCGUAAAUGUCGUUUUUUUUUAAAUC